CCAUUGAGGAAAGAGGAAACAUGCAGCCCUGGUUGAACGGGGGCUUCCUGCACGACGUUAUAAAAGAGCUGCCUCCCUUCAGCCUCCCCCCACAGCGCCGCUCAGAGCCAGCGGAGACGGAGGGUCGGUCCCAGCUCGGCCUCUUCCAUUGUAGACUGGACACUGAGCCCGGGGAAAGAGGAGGGGGGGGGGGUUUGACGUCGACGCGGCGCACGUCAGUUCUCGUCCCUGCUGGUCGGGGUACGAGUAGGGAGCUGGUCUCACCUAAUACAUGUGUCUGGGACACUCCAGUCUGUUUAUUUCAUCAGUUACGCAUCGAUACACAUGAGCACGAUGGCGGGACUGAGGGUCAAAGGUGCGCAGGGGAUGAGGUCUCCUGCCCCGGCGGAGGGCUACGUGAAGGAGUUCAUGCGUCACUCCGACGACGUGCUGCUGAACCUGAACGAGCUGCGGCACCGCAACAUCCUGACUGACACCACCCUGGUCGUCGGCACUGUACAUCUGCGGGCGCACUGUGCUGUGCUCGUGGCCUGCAGCGGAUUCUUCUAUACGCUGUACACGCGCCGGGUUCUGCUUCAGGGACGCGGGGAGCAGCUCAUGACCGUGUCCCUCCCCAACACCUUGGACCCGUCCAGCAUCUCCCUGCUGCUGGACUUCAUGUACACCUCGCGCCUCCCGCUCACACCGAGCACCGUCCCCGGGGUGCUCACCGCCGCGACCUACCUGCAGAUGGACCACGUGGUCGACUGCCGGGAUUUCCUGCAGCUGCACUGCAAGGACAAAAUAAGUGCAAGGCAUCCUCAACUGGAGCUGGACUCCAGGGUGUCUGUAGCCUCUGUGGCCCUCAAUGGAGGGGACCUGCCCAAUCCAGGACCCCAGGGUUCUCCCACAGCAGUGGCAACAAGGGUCCCUGCGGACGUCAGGGGCUUUCUCACGCCAGGGGCUUUCCCAACCAGCCGGCCCGGGUCCAGAGAGCUGAAAGAGCCCGAGGUGCCCCUCGUUGGCAGCCCGACCGUGUCCCCGGACAGCCCCGCCCGCUCCAGCUGCCAGCCAAACUCUCCGGCACAAUCCAACACCUGCAAUAAAAACCUAGUGAGUGAUCCCAAAGCAGCGCCGGACCCAAAGGCCUGCAAUUGGAAGAAAUACAAGUACAUCGUCCUCAACCCUCUCUGCGCCGCCACCGCAGUGAAGGAAGAGGAGAUGGAGGAGGCUCAAAGCCCCACAUCGCCCGGUUUGGGCUCAACGCCCAAAGCAACGGAGGCGUGGUCUGGAGAAGUGCCUGGUCAGAUUGAUAGACAGGGGCAGGCCUUCUGGUUAGAGGGUUCUGGGCGAGCCCCUCCCCUCGGGGCACCCUCCUUCGCGGGUCACCCAACCCUGCCUCACGCUCACAGCCAGGGGACAGUCUCACCGUGCGCCGUUUGCCCCAACCUGCGCCCCACCGAUCCGGAAGCUGCCCAACGCGCAGUCAAGCACGAGAACUGCUAUGUGGCCUACUGUUACUCUGGCAACGUUCAAGGAACCAAAAGCGUUUGCUCGGGCGAGAAGCCGUACCGCUGCAAUGUGUGCGGCGCCCAGUUCAACCGGCCGGCCAACCUGAAGACUCACUCUCGCAUCCACUCGGGAGAGAAACCCUAUCGCUGCGACACCUGCGGCUCGCGAUUCGUCCAGGUUGCCCAUCUGAGGGCCCACGUUCUGAUCCACACGGGGGAGAAACCGUACCCCUGCCACACCUGCGGCACCCGCUUCCGCCACCUGCAGACCCUGAAGAGCCACCUGCGCAUUCACACCGGAGAGAAGCCGUACACCUGUGAGAAGUGUGACCUACACUUCCGCCACAAGAGCCAGCUGCGUCUUCACCUGCGCCAAAAGCACGGGGCCGUCACCAACACCAAGGUCCGCUACAAGGUCCUGACCGAGCCCUACCAGACCGUUCUGCAGGCCUGCUGAAGGGGCGUCUUCAUCAGAAUGAUGUCUGAAUCGUAACGGGUCAGAAAAUGUUCGGUGAAUUAUUUUAAAUUAGAGAAUUGAUUCCGUUUGGAGAGAGAGUUUUUGGAUGAGCUUCAUCAUCGAUCAACGUCUUUCAAAAUGUUUUUGAGAUGGAGAUUGUUGAAAAGUGUUUUUGAAGGUUUGUGAAGGGACGGAAGGAAGGGAAGAAGACGUGGAAAGAGAUGUUGGGAUGAGUGCACGCAGGGUUUUGAGAAAUGUGAAUGUUUGAGUAUGAAAGAAGGAUAAAGCAGGUUUCCUGAAGGAAAAGGUUAAAAGGUAAAAUGUGGGAGUUUUCUGAAGAUAAAUUCAAUUGAAAACAUGUGUUUUAAGGCUGGAAAUAUUCUUCUAAAAUGUGUAUAUUUAACUUUUAUACUUCACCUUGAGGCCUGGGGCCUGCGAACAAAGUAUGCAGUGAUGUCUGCCUUCAUAGUCCGAGCAGGCAAAGGACUUAGUCUUCGCGCACUGAUUGUAGUCAGUAUAGAAGUUAAAUAAGUUAAAUUUAAAUUAAGAAGACUGUAUGCAAUUAGAUGAGUAUUAGUAAUAUUACAGUUGUGUGUGUAUGUGUGGGUUUAUUUGCUGGACAAAGAUGGUUUUGUACAAUCUAAAUUAAAUCAUUGUAUAGGAAUUGGA